GUUCGAUUGGUGCUCCCGACCCGUUAAAGGCGCAACAUUACCUGCAGAGUGUUACAGCCGGUUUUCCGGGGUUCUUUUUACUGAUGACAAAUUCCUGGUCAAUGCUAGCAAGCUGAAGUUUAUGGACCUGGAGCUGAAACUGAAAAGCAAAGACACCAUAUUCACUCCUGUUGUUAAUGCUCAGAAAACUCCCAAAAGAGGGAACAUCCAGAAAGAGUUCACGCAGUGGCUUCAGAACUGUCAUGAAAAGUGCGACAAGCAGGUGAAGUUUCUUGGAUACAUCAAGACAAUAACACGAACAGAUUUGCUCAUCAAGAGGCAUCAGCAUCCCUGGGCAACGUUCUCCUCCAUUGAGUUAGAUGGAAAAACGUACAAAGCAGGACAACUUGUGAAGUCCCAGAAAACUGUGCCAAUUCUUUACGGCACGGUUAUUCGAUUUUUGCUGUACGGAAAUCAUGAUGGGGAUGUCUAUGCCACGGGGGGACAAGUGGAAAUCAGACGUGAGCCUGAUGCACUUUAUGACAAUUUCACCAAGCUCAUACCCAUUUCAAAGCUCGACAGGACCGCCACUGAUGAAUUCAUCAAGAAGAAUAUUGACAACGAUAUGGACAAGCUUCCAGAAGAGCUAAUGGUUCAGUGGCCAGACAACAACGUUUGGCAAAAAAAUGAUGUUUGUCUUACUGGGAGUCCUUUAGGGCCUCUCAAAGUUGAAAUUCUUAAUAGGAAGGGACUCUCAAUCUCCAAGAUACAUACAGGCCAAGGGCCGGGAAUAAAACUGAGCAUUCUCCUCAGCGUAGUCCAUCAUGGUCCUGAAGGAGACACGGAGGUUGCCAAUUUCGUUGCUCCCUACAUAUCAAAUAAUAUAGGAUACUGGUUCAAAAAGAUUGAAACUCUUACCAGCUUAGGGAAGUACACUAUGAAACUGAACACGACGUUAAGAGACGCUUGUGCCACUGUCUAUGGAGGCAGGCAGCUUCCAAGCUACAUGCUCAAAUUCUCAAUCAAAGAGGGCAAUGCAGAGACGUUUACUGUGGGCACAAUGAGCCAAACUCUUUGUGUGGGAAUACCUUUCAACAUUCCUCUGCAGAUAAAAGAUGGUUACAACCACCCAACAACACCUCCCAAACUCCAGCCUACACUAAAAUGCAGUGGCCUAGAAAUCACCUACCAUUCGGUGAGCUGCAGUGGGACCACUUUGACCAUUAAAGGUGUCAAAGCAAAAGGAAAAGUCCAAAAUUACCAGCAAUCCAAGAGUUAUGACCUGAAUGUGACACUUCCUGGGCUGAAAAAUGAUACACAAACCAUUAAAAUCAGUCUGCUUCCUGGAGAUCCACAUUCACUUCAUGUGAAACCGGACACAAACCCAGUCAAAGUGGAGAAUGGAAACAAAGCUAGCUUUAACGUUGAAGUUCACGACGAGGCUGGGAACGUCACCGCUAACCCCAAACAGAUAGUUCGCUGUCAGCUUUCAGGGUUUUCCACGGUGGAGGCAGACUGCAGCAGCACCGGAGCAGGCCAGCUCGAGACAAAACCCAUAAACCUUAGUAUAACAAAUGGGGAGCCACAAAUGCUUAAUGCUGCAUUUGACAUGCCUAAUCAGAAAAAAGUAGCGCCAGUCGUGUUGGAGCUGAAGGUCAUGCCCAGCAGUCGAGUCUCACGGAUGGAGCUCUUCUGUCAGGGGGAGGAAAAGUUGGUGCUCAGGGACAAAGAAAAGAUUGAGUGGCAAGCUGGAGGACUGCUGCAGCAUCUGUUUUAUAAGUUGUAUGAUGAAUCUGGCAUGGAAGUGUCAGUCAAUCCAGAAAUGGCCUCCAGUAUUAAGGUUAACUGGACGCCAGAUGUAAGUCGGAGGGGUUUGGUCAAGGGGAGACUGCCUGAUGUACAAGUGCCCACCCAUGUGACUGAGGAGCGUUUCUACCAGGUGUCCUACCAGGACCUGAGUGUGUCUUCCUGCUUCACCAUUGUGCCUUGUCCAGAUGAACCAGCUCGACUAAAAGCAACUUUACCCCAAAACACACUGAAGCUUGGUGAAACCUUGUUAGAGCAUAUCAUUUUGGAGCUUGUGGACCAGUAUGACAAUGUGACCAACAGACUCACCCAAGCCAGUGUGAAGAGCAUAACGGUGGAAGCCGAGGGUCUCGACAAAUCGAACAUCACCUUCAAAUGGCAGGAGAGCAGCAGUUCAGUUGCAGUGACCGGAGUUCGUUUCUGCUCUGGGUCUCUUGGGCCCAGAGAGAUUUGCUUCAACUACAGCAGCUUUACAGAACGCACCAUCGUUAAACUGACCGCAGGAGUCCCUUCUCAACUUAUACUGGUCAGCAAACCUGAGCCGCCUUUGCAGGUCUUGAAUGGACACGGCAUCCCCACGCCAUUCCUGGUCCAACUGUGCGAUGAGUGGGGAAACCCGUCUCCAGACCAGAGGGUUGUGGUGGAAAUAAGGUCGUCCCCCCAGACACUAAAGGUGUCAACGAAUGUCAUUUCACAACCUGUCGACACCGAAGGAAAAGCCUCUUUCACAGUAAAUGGUGUGAAAGGCACAAAAGGGUACUAUCAGCUGGAGUUUAUAGGGUCGUUUAACAAGAACCCUAUCCCUGGUCCAUCAGUGCAGCUCACCAUCAUCCCUGAUCCAAACAAACCUGUCAGACUGCAAGUGAACUAUGACACCAGUGCCAGUUUUUGUGCUGGAGACACUUUCCCUGUUUUCUCCGUGAUGGUUGUGUCUGAAGAAGGAAGUCCUAUUACAGCCUUUAACCCUGCGGAUCUGUCCAUGUUGCUGUGGGAGGGAGUGACGCCGCCGCUGCAUUCAAUGAUCACUGAGCUGAAGUGCAGCAAACCCAUGGAAAAUGAGAAGAAAGACUGUUUUCACUUUAGAGAUAAAGUGAUCCCAGAGCGUGCUGGGCAGCACACCAUCCAGUUUUGUCUGCGUUCUCUGCGCAGUAUUCCGAUCAGCAUAACUGUUGUGGCCAAUCAGCCUGUCAAACUGGGACCCGACUCCCAGCCACCAACCCCUGUAGUUUCCAUCAGCACCGACAUCUCCAGCCGAAUCCUGGUUGAGAGCAUGACUCUAAAGAUAAUGGAUAAAUUUGGUAAUUCAGCCGGACAGGAUCUGAAUGGGACGGUGGUUGUCUCCAUACGAUGUCUUGCUGAUGAGCAGAGCAGAAGCGUCCCUCUGUUUGAAGGAAAAACAAGCAACGUUCAAAUUCCCUUAAAUGAAGGAAGUGCCCACGUUAAUAGACUGGCGAUCAUGGAGAACAGCCCCGGCGAGAAUGGCAGCAGAUACGUUGUCGUCUUUAAAGCGCAAGUGCCGACCGCGUCCCUGGUUUCUUUUGAGCUUCCCUUCCAUUUUUACAAUGAUGUUGAAAACCAAAGAAAAAUGUCCGAGCUGUCGAGGAAGAAGGACGAGCUGAGUGCCGCUCUCGCUCGCUACGAAGAAACGUGUUGUUCCUUCAACCAACUCCUGGAAAUGCUCGCAGCUCAGGUCCAGGACACCUCUAAGAAGGAGGCGGCCCUCAAAGACGAGCUGAACAGGAAAAAUGUGAACGUUCCUCAUUCUGUGUCUAUCCAAGAUAUUGUGAAGUUACUGACAGAGAAGCGGGCUGAAAUUGAAAUGAUUGAGAACAUGCCCAGGAGAGUCUGCAACAUCUCUAACAACUACAACGGCCAGGAUGUGAUUGGAACGGUAGGCCAUUUGGCCGUAAUUAUGGAUGACGAUGCUGCGAGGGUCAUCUCCUGGCAUUUAGGGGGUGACAUGGACUGUGUGAUCACCAGAACAACAGCAGCCGCUCGGAGGAUCUACUACAACUCAGGUGGCAAUCAGCAGGUCAUGGCCCUCGACAGUAUCUUUGUGCAACAGUUCGACAGACCGCUGCCACACAUAAGAAAUGGCCACAAACUUUUCGAUCCUCCUGGGAACCCGGUCUACGCCAAGGACUUUCUGACUUUCCCCCACGAACAGCAGAGCUGUGAAAUCGUUUUUAAAAACCUCCUCGGAACCACUAUUCUGAUGAGAGACCUGGAGUCUGCAACCAACUACAGGAAGAAAGUUGUGGAGAACAGAAUCCACUGUCCCACCAUACUGACCCUACAGGGAGACCGGAUCAGUUCCCAGGGUAAAUUCGGAGGUGCCCAGAACAGAGCCCCACCCAUUCACAGACUAAAAGUGUUUGGAGCCCCGUUUCCCCAUCACUAUGCCAUACUUCAGGAACAAAAAGAGCUGCUCUGUCAGUACCACUCAGCUGUGAUGAAGAGACAAACAGCUGAGAUGGACUGGACCAAACACUGGAAAUCACCCGAUAUGGCCCAAAAGCAACAAAAAAUGGAAGAGAUAAAAAAGCAGCUUGCGGACAUUGAUGAACAACUCGCAUCAGUGAGACAAUGGAAACGAGGACCUGAGGACACUGGAGAGCCGUCGGGCAUCAAGACGAAAAGACAAAGACAGGGAUACUCCUCUGAGUUUUAAUACAGCAACAGAAG